GUGCGCCCUCGGCGGUUUCUGAUUGGCCGCGCCGCUCCCCCUCUGUGUUCAUAAGCGCGGGGCGGCAGGGCCGGGGCUUUGUCUCGCGGCGCGGGGCGGUGGACUGUCUAAUCUCCAGCACCGACCAACAAUGCCAUCAGCUAUGGAGGGCUCGGAGGCGGGAGAAGAAGGGGAAAUCUUGCGCUAUGAGGAAACAGACGAUGACAACGUCAGUCCCACCGACCUUUCUGAGCUGCUGAAGGAGGGGACUAAGGAAUCCCAUGACCGUGCGGAGAACACUCAGUUUGUCAAGGACUUCCUGAAAGGACGGAUCAGGAAGGAGCUCUUCAAGCUGGCCACCGUGGCACUUUACUUCACAUACUCCGCCCUGGAAGAGGAGAUAGAUCGCAACAAGGACAACCCAGUCUUUGCUCCUCUGUAUUUCCCCCUAGAGCUUCACCGGAGAGAAGCGUUGGUGAAAGAUCUGCAGUAUUUCUAUGGAGAAGACUGGAAAGAGAAGAUCCAGUGUUCUGAGGCAACUCAGCACUAUGUGGACAGAAUCCAUCAUGUGGGACAACACGAGCCAGAGCUGCUGGUGGCUCACGCUUACACACGCUACAUGGGCGACCUCUCAGGUGGCCAAGUACUGAAGAAGGUAGCCCAGAGGGCCCUGAAGUUGCCCAGUACUGAGGAAGGGAUCCAAUUCUACGUGUUUGACAACAUUUCCAAUGCUCAGCAAUUCAAGCAGCUCUACAGAGCAAGGAUGAAUGCUCUGGACUUGGACAAGAACACCAAGGACAGGAUCGUGGAAGAAGCCAACAGAGCCUUCAGGUUUAACAUGCAGGUAUUUGAUGAGCUAGACCAGCUUGGCAAGUCGCUGACAGAAGAAGCCCAAGACGGAGACCUUCCAGUCCACGAUGGAAAAGGAGAUGUGCGCAAAUGCCCUUACUAUGCAGACAAGCUGGCAGGCCAGAUGGGACCCAGCUGCCCCUACCACGCUGCUGUGGCCCUGGUGAAGCAGCCGCUGGUGCAGCUGAUCCUGGCAGCCUGCAUCGCCGUGGCAGCUGGAGCUGCAGCCUGGUACGUGAUGUGAUGGACGGGGAGAGCGGCACGGGGCUUUGGACAGUGGCCAGGGAGAGGUGAACCCUGUCUUCCACACCAUGCCCGUGCUGCUGGCAGUGAGUUGGCUGCAGGGUGAAGUAAGAAAAUAAACAAGAAUCCUACGGGACUGUCCAGGACUCUUUGCGCGCUGGUAACGCACGUGCUGUAAUGUAACGUCUUUAGCUGACUAGUGUCCAGGACUGACGUGGUGUGAGGCUCCUUUGGCACUGCCCUACCCAGGCUGGGGCAGGAUUUAAGGCUAGAGGUGCCUUGUCCUGUACUGGCAAGGGCUUCACCUGCUUGGCUUUUCAUCUCCUUCCUGGAGCCGUGACUGGAGGGCGUUUCCUGCCCUGGUCUGCAACCCGAGAAAGUGUGACCAGGCUUUUUGGUGAAGAUCACUGUUUCCUAUCCCAGCAACUGAAGUUCCAGCUGUGUGCCACAGGGCCCUUUGCUCAAACGAGCAGCCUGCUCGGGGCCGUGUCCCAGGAACAAAGGUCUCGGUGUUGGAGGAAGCUCCUUGGGGUGAAGGUGACCAAUGUGCAUUGUGCAAUGUUGGGGUGGUGGGCUGGGUUUUUUCCUGAAGCUUUGACCAGAAUAAAAAGUUGUGAUGCUGUAGCC